AUGGAAGAAUUGAGAGAAAAAAAAGGUAUCAAUGAAAUUUCUCGAACAUACGGAAUAUCCUCUCGAACCUUAAGAAGACGCUACGAAACAAGUAACCAGCAACUACUAACUCAAGGAAAAUAUCCUGUUGUUGGCUUCCAAAAUGAAAAAAGACUGGUAGCUCAUAUAUUGAAGCUCGGAGACGCCGGUUUUCCUCCUGACAGAAUUGUGAUUCGUCAAUUAGCUUAUCAGUUUGCCGAAAAGUUGAAAUUAAAGCACAGCUUUAACAAUGAGAAUAAAAUGGCUGGACCGCAAUGGCUAAAAAGCUUUCUUGAAAGAAAUCCUGAAAUAGCUUUGGGACAAGCUGAGGGCUUAUCAAUUGAAAGAGCGAAGGGUCUCAACAGAACAGAAGUUGCAAAUUUUUUCAAACUCUUAAUAACUACUUAA